AUGGCUACAGAUGGAAAUGUUGAUCCACAACAGUUUACACGUGUAUCAGAUAUUGUCAAAGAACCACAAAAGAUGCUCAUGCCAAUUGAAGGGUACGAAGAAAUGCCAAUAGUGCCAUUGGAGGAAGCUGUUGGACCACUUGUUUCGAUUUUACCUAAAGUUCAAAAUUAUGCUUAUGUGGCGAAAGAACGAUGUGAAUCCGUACCUCCCGAUGAUCUAACACAGGAUGAAUCAGCUUCUAUCAUGCUUUACUCCAUGGAAUGGGAACCACAUGACAAAUGUUUGUAUUUUGCCCUCAAUGCAGCUCUUCGCACUGAAGAUAGGCGAAAACUAAAACCAUGGUUCUUGUAUUUGAAACUUGUUCUUACAGCGCUCGAAAAAUUACCAUCUACACGAUGCCAUGUCUUUCGUGGAGUGAAUUUAGAUCUAUCUAAUCAAUAUUCUAAAGGAAAAAAAUUUGUCUGGUGGGGAUUUUCUUCAUGUACCACAUCAAUAGAAGUACUCGAAAACGAACAAUUUUUAGACAAAACUGGCGAAAGAACAAUGUUUACUAUCGAAUGUGAUAGUGGCAAAGAUAUCAGUCGUCAUUCGUAUUUUCAAUCGGAAGAAGAAGUUCUUCUUUUGGCUGCUCGACAAUUUAUUGUAGUAGGCUGUCUUCGACCAGCACCAGGUCUUCAUAUGAUUCAAUUAAAAGAAACAAAGCCUCCAAUUACUCUUUUACAACCGGCUACAAAUCAAGCUAUAGAAAUUGAACCAUCGCCGAAUCUUGGUCUACUAAAUCAAUCUACAACUAGUACUGCAACUAUAUCAAAAAAUCCAAUAACAACAAAUCAAAUAUCAACUCAAUCUGCAAUAAAACAAAAACAAAUUCAAACAAAAAAGAAUAAAUUUCAACAAUUUGCAAUUACUGUUGCCGGAGGAAAUGGACAAGGAGAUAAAUUAAAUCAACUCGAUUGUCCUGAAGGGAUCUUUAUUGAUAAUGAUAAAUCGAUUUAUAUUGCUGAUCUUUUCAAUCAUCGUAUUAUUAAAUGGAAACUGAAUUCAAAUACUGGUCAAGUCGUUGCAGGUGGAAAUGGACAAGGAAAUCAAAAUAAUCAAUUGAAUGAGCCAAGAGGUGUAAUUUUUGAUAAAAAGAACAAUUCUUUUAUUAUUUCUGAUAAAGGGAACAAACGAGUAAUUCGAUAUUUUGAUCAAAAUCAAACAAAUCAACAAAUUACUAUUUCGAAUAUUGAUUGUGGUGAUCUCACAAUCGAUAAAAAAGGAUUUAUUUAUGUUUCUGAUCUGGAGAAUCAUGAAGUAAGACGAUGGAAACAAGGAGAUGAAAAAGGUGAAUUAGUUGCAGGUAGAAAUGGUCAAGGAAAUAAUCUUAAUCAACUCAACUAUCCUACUUUUAUGUUUAUUGGUGAAGAUUAUUCUCUUUAUAUAUCAGAUACUAGGAAUCAUCGUGUAAUGAAAUGGGAAAAAGAUGCAAAAGAAGGAAUUAUCGUUGCUGGUGGAAAUGGCAAAGGAAAUAGUCUCAACCAAUUGUCUUCUCCUCAAGGAGUGAUUGUUGAUGAUUUGGGUCAAAUCUAUGUGGCAGAUUUUGGGAAUGAUCGAGUAAUGCGUUGGUGUGAAGGAGAUAAAGAAGGUGAAAUUGUUGUUGGUGGAAAUGGUCACGGAAAUCAAUCAAAUCAAUUGCAUUAUCCCACAGGUUUAUUAUUUGAUAGCGAAGAAAAUCUUUAUGUUGCUGAUGCGAUAAAUCACCGAGUCCAAAAAUAUGAAAAAAUUUUAAACUGA